ACAGGAUAAUGUUUGCCCGAAAAGAGAGUUGGUGGAGUUUGAACGGAAAGGACUAUAAGAUAGACAGUAGCAACGACUUGGAGCUGGGUCAAGGAGACUCCGAAGCUUCUUCCAGAACAGAAGGAUAUUAUACACCACCAGAGGACGAACCAAAAAUAGCUUACUUGGGGAAUAAUGAACAUAGCGACGAACCCACUCAAGGGCAACUAUUUCAGUUGUCCAACGUUUCCCUUUCACAAGAGAAGAACGUAUUUUCUAGUGAAAGUUUGUAUAGUAAUUUGGAUGAUAUGAAAAACUCUAGUACUUCAGAAGUGACUUGCUAUCUAGAAAACUCAGACGCUGAAACCAACUUGGAACAGUUGAAGCAACUGGGCAACUAUUUUUUCACUCAAGGAGACUAUGCGGCAGCAAUCAACUGCUACGAUACAAUACUCGAGUCAACACCAAAGAAACUCAGUGUUCUUGCAAAUAGAGCUAUGUGCUAUUUGAAGUUGGAGAAUUUUGAUAAAGCAAUCCAAGACAGUGAAUCUUGCAUAGAAACGAACCCAAUCUGGCCAAAGGGUUAUUAUAUCAAGGGAAUAGCACUUCUGCACAAGGGAGAUGCAGAAAUGGCUGCAUCAUGUUUUGGUCAUGGUUUAGAAUUCUGUCCAAGUGAUCGAAAGUUGAUUGAAGGAAAGCGCAAAGCAAUGCAUUCUCAGAUUGGUGGUAACAGUUCUGAACCGCUUGAAAGCACAAAAGGAAGUGCCUUUCCCUUGUCAAAAAGUGUCACAUCGAACAACGAAGAGAGUCAGAAUUUUAAUUUUACCGGCUCUGUAGAGUGGAAAGACACUGGCCAACAAAAUGUGAAUGCGACAGAGUUCGAAGCAAGUCAACUCGAUAGGAUUUCAGAUAGAAUGGAACAUGAAGAAGCGCAGAGAAGAAACCCAGAUGACAGGUUGACCCAAAAUAAUAAUAUUGGUAAGGUAGAAAGUUUGCUAUCAGUUCAGACGGAAGCCUCCCGAAUUCUACAUGCACCUAACUUCUAUUCCGUUCUAAGAGUACCGAUAUCUUGCACUCGUGAAGAAGUUGAACAGAAUUAUAAAAUGUUGUCACAUAUUUUAAGCUCGUUCGAGCCUAAAGGAGAAAAUGUUGAGGCUGCAAAUCAGGUUUUAGAGACUGCACAUGACGUGUUAUCUUCUACCAUUAAGAGAAGACUAUAUCAGCGAUUUCUUAUGGAUAAGAAGAAGAAGAAGAAAAGGAAUGCAGAUCCGUCAAGUAUUCAGAACCAUUUGGAGAUGACCGAAAGCGGUCAAAAUUUCCGAUGGCAAAUUGAUGAAACAGAAGUACCACUUCCCAAGUUUUUGGACUACAUUCUACGAAUCCGCAACAUUGGAUGGUUUCUUUUGUUAUUGUUGUUUCUCUUAUUUCUCCCGCUUAUUAUUGUCUUGGUUUUGGUGGGAAUGAUUUUAUGGUUUCUAUUAUCUCCUAUCGUAACAGUAAUACGUACAUGGUACCCAAGUCCUCAAGAGAGAUGCAAUCAAGAAAGUCAUGCAGCUCAUGAAGUACAUAGUUCGCGAUUUUCAUUUUUGAGACAUCGAAGAAUGAGAUCGGGAAACUUCCUAUGUCUUCCAAUCGGAUCCUAACUUGUUUAACACUUGCUGACACAUUUGUAGAAUAAAAAUUAAAUAGCUUUGCAUUGUA